AUGUGGCGGCGAAUUAACUUACCGGUGACUGGAAAUCCAGAUUCUGAUCAGAGCAUAUCUGAGGAAGAGGAAGAGCAUGUCGAUGUUAGUUUGGGAGAAAAUGAUGUGUGGCCAAGUGCGAAGGCGAAGGAAGAGGAAGGAUUACUACUUCAAACAAAGCUCGAAAAACUCAUAGGUUGUGGUGAACAAGAUUAUGCUGUGGAAGAUGGCGAUGUAUCUCUUGUAUCAACUUUACAGAAGAUCUCAUCCUCUCUUGAGGAUGACGUUGUAGUUCCUGAUUCCCUAGAAGAGAGUAAUUCUGCUUCGGAGAGAAAAGCUGAAUUAACAUGCAUAUCUGCUCAGGAAAGUUUGUCAGAUGAUGAGGUUCUACAGGAUGAACCAGUGGCUACUUGGUCCACUAUAAGUAAAGAAACCGAGUCAUUGAUCCAUUUGAAUGGUGUUGUUUCUAUCUCAUCGUCCCAUUCAGCUGGUUUUAGAACUAAGAGAGGUAGUAAAGUUGUCAAAGACCAUGUAAGACCAAAAUUUUCAUUUCACUCACACACUCAUGGAGAAACGUCUUCCAAGAUAUGUGAUAUGACUGAACACUUAGAGGAGCCUGCUGCUGACAUGGCCAUUGAGGAGGAUCCGAUAGCUGAAUGCUACCAUGAUUUUGAUGAAAUAUCAGAAAACCGACAGGGUAUUACUGAUAUGGCUAUUGAGGUUCGGAACGGGUGCAUUGAGGAAGCGAUAUCCAAGCUUUUAGACAUUCCUACAGAUAAGAUUAGAGUUGCAAAAAGAAGCUCUAAACCGUAUUGCAGACGCAAAGGAAAAAGUUGGAAAUUUGCUCAUAAGGGAAGUUCAUCAAUCUUACAAGAUAAUGGCACUGAUGAUGAACUUCCUGGACCUAUGGAUUGUGGAUCAUCCACUGAUGAUGAGCCUAGUCAAAGCGCAGUGCCAAAUAUUCCCAACCAGAAGAAACAAUUUGUUGGAGACCGAUUUGAUGAGGCAAUAAAAGCUUCUUCUUUGAGCAAGGAAGGUCUCUUGAUCGGUUCACCUAAAUUACCUGGUGGCUAUACCCUGUAUGGAAAGCUACAACAGAUCAUGAAACAAGAAAAAGAGACGGAAAUGGAAAUCACAAAGAAAUUGCAGGGUGGAAUCGAACAAGCAGAUGGGUCGAGCUAUGUUGAUGACUCACUCUUGUCCAAAAACACUCAAUUACUCGCGGCCAAAGAAUCUGAAACAACAAUCAUCUUUAGUCCUAAAGUUUGUGCAGAUGUUGAUAUCGAAAUCGGGAGCUUUAUCCGCCUUUAUGCGCCAUGGAAGGAAAUGGAAGUGAAGAACACCAAUGAGGUGAUUAUUUUGUGUUCAUAUUUCUCAAGGUACAAGGUUCAUGGCCAUCCUUUCUCAACCAACACAAGGCGUGUCCUCGCGGUUCUCCUUGAGAAAGGCCUCUCUUAUGAUCCCAUUACCGUCGAUUUGCAGACCGGUGAACACAAAAGAGAACCUUUCCUCUCUCUCAAUCCAUUUGGUCAAGUCCCCGUUUUUGAAGAUGGAAAGGUUAAGUUGUGUGAGUCUCGAGCCAUCACACAAUACAUUGCAUAUGUUCACAGCUCAAGAGGCACACAGCUUCUGAAUCUUCAAAGCCACGAGACAAUGGCAACACUAACAAUGUGGAUGGAAAUCGAAGCUCAUCAGUUUGAUCCACCCGCAUCGAAACUCACUUGGGAACAAGUCAUUAAGCCUCUCUACGGUCUAGUGACUGACCAAACUGUCGUCAAAGAAAACGAGGCUAGUCUAGAGAAGGUUCUAAAUGUCUACGAGAAACGACUCGGAGAAUCUAGAUUCUUGGCUUGUAGUAGCUUUACCUUGGUGGAUCUUCAUCACCUACCAAAUAUACAAUAUCUUUUGGGAACACCAACCAAGAGAUUGUUCGAAAAUCGACCUAAAGUGCGUAAGUGGGUGGAUGAGAUUACGAGUAGAGAGGCAUGGAAGAUGGCUUGUGAUCAAGACAAGUCUUGGUUUGGGAAGCAAAGGAAAUAA